GCUUUUUGGGAUUUGUAAAAAGUAGGGUUAUGGUUGUUAUUUGGAAACAUUUCAAACGUCAAAUUCAGGAAAAGCCGGGAGGAAAAUAGGGAAAAUUGAUGGAUGUCUUUACGGAGGAGCAGUAUUUGAUAUCCCGGGCAAAGAGUGGACUCCUCAAGGAUCCAUACGAAGCCAAGGCAUGGAUAAUCACAGCAAAAACUCUCUACCCCAAUGAUUUUGGCAUUCAAUUCGAGGCAUACAAACUGGAAAAGUCGGAAAAUAACUAUGAGGAAGCUGCUAAAUGCUUCAGCUACAUUGUUGUAACGUUCCAGAAUCAAUCUGUUGAUCUCUGGAAUGAGCUAUCUGUGGAAAUCUCCAAUCUCACUGCGGCUCUACGUCGCGUUCCUGAGAGUGGAAUGUCCGGGGAGCAGGAUUUCUACUUCAAGAUGUUCCAGCACAUCUCGUCGGAGGUGCAGCACAAGAUUCUCCUACUAACUGCAAAUCAUUCAGAGAGCAAUCUUGAUCACUGCCGAAUGAUUCUUUUGCUCCUCAAGCGAUUCCCUCAGGCCAUCUCGACGCACAUUCCGCGGCUCUUGGAAACACUCGUUCAGGGAGUCCCGACGAAUCCUCAGUAUCGCACAAUGCUGAUCAAUGAGACUCUCCCGUUGGUUUUGGCACGUCCUGUAGAGCUUUCUAGUGAUCUCGUGCAUCGAAUACUCAACAUAUGCCUGGAGCACUACGUGGGGCAAUUGCUGAAGGAGGACGAUGACAAGGACAAGACGGAGUGUUGGAGGAAGAUUUUUGAUAUUGUUGAAACACUCGGUGGGUUACUAAAGUGGGAACCUUUUCUCCCAUACAACCGUACAUGGAGCAAGGAAAUCUAUUGGCAGAAGCUCAUAAAAAUUGUCUCAUCUGCUCCACCAAAACCAUCGGAGAAUAAACAAAUUCUCUUCCUUGGGAGUAUCCUCUUCAUUUUCGCCCUGCAGGAAUACAUUGAUAACAUUACGCACAAAAUUCAGGACACAGAUGUGAGCUACAUCCUCGUGGAGGGAUUCCGUGAUGAUGUUGGAGCACCCAAGAGGAGAUUGUCAGACGGGAUGCCAGGGGAAGCAGUUAAGAUUGCCGUGAAUCCCCCAUGCAACGUUGAGACACCCAAUUGUCUCAUCACAGCAGCUCAUUGUUGGCAACUUUUGCACUCCAAUGAGAUUCUCCAAAUGGAUUUUGGGCAGUUGCUGAUGAAUCUCCCCAUUACGGAGUGGGUGAAUCAUUUUCUGUUGGACUUAGCCGUGUAUUUGGGGCGCAAUGAUGACAUUCAUGCCAAUUUGCAGGCACUGAAGGACACACUGGACAAGCAGGUGCGCCUCCUGAGCUUGUCUGUGAGUCAGGAGAACAUCAAUGUUGCGGCAUUUAAUCACAUUUGCACCAUUCUCAGUGAACUUCCCACCAUUUCGGGCACAGAGUACCUCCGGAAUCUCUGUGGAAGUGGCCCUGGGCGUCAUCUUGUGCUCCUUCCACUCACACGGAAGGCCAUCACGCAGUACUGCACAAAAGCCCUUGUUACGGUGCUGAAAAAGAAAGUUCUUCACGAUAGUUCGUGCAGUAGUGCCGUCCUGGGGAAUCUCCUCGUACUCCUUCAGCUCGAUUGGCCCCUUGAGACGGCUUUUGCGGAAACAAUCUUCGACGUUAUACGAACACGAAGGAAUUUCACUUAUCACCAAUUCUCCAGCUACAUCAUUAAUAUUGACAUGAUUGAGGAAUUUACGUACAUGUGGAAUCCCCAGGGGGAGGAGAUUCGACUUGAGCUGACUGUGCCACAGGCACCGAAGCCCCAUCGAAUUGGCACACGUGGCUCCGAUAAGGGGGUCAAGGAGGACUUUAAGCACAUCAUACGGCAACAAAUUGCCCGAAGUGGCGAAGACAUUGACACCCUUGUGGCUCAAUUUAUUGUCCAGGAGCGCCUGCAGCUCAUCCAAUGUAUCUUUGAGAGUUGAAUUGUUGUAAAAAUGACACAAAAAAUACACAAAUUGCGUAAAUA